AUGGACACCGAGCAGAAAGCCGUACCGACGGAAACGUCUGAGCCAAAUCUCAUAGAUUUAGACCCAGACCCAGCUACAGGGGUGCUCGCUCGCGACGCCGACACUCCUGGAGAUGUGAUUCCGGAAAGAGCCACUGAACCAGGGUUGGACGCCGCAGAGAAGAUACACAGACUUGAUACCAACGAUCCCAAGACUGACAACAACCAUGUGCCGUCACCAAAAGUCCUUCCCUCCACUCCUCCACCUCCCGAACCCCCAGCUGCUAGCGAGAAGCCAUACCUCGACCCUACUCCGAAGACUCCAGCUAUAUCAAGACAUGCGUCUGUACGGUUACCAGAAGACGAGUAUAAUGAGAAAGACCCAGCCUAUGCCCAGGACACAGAGGAUAACAAUGCAGAGCUGCCUAAUCAGAAGUCGGGCAACGACCCAGAUGCAGACUCUACAUCAGAAAUACAGAGUAUCAUGGACCAAUUCGAUGAUGAGACAGCAGCUCCUUCGAAGGAAUCCAUUAUGUCUCCCAUACACGAAAUGUCAGGCCCUAUCCUUGGCUCAGCCAGUGGGUUUCCAGUAAGGAGAUCAAGCUUGGAACCCCUCCGAUCUCGGGACCUCGACACCGUAACAUCUCCAGUCAUCUCUCAUCACUCAGAAAAGCCUCUGCCUUCGCCGCCUCAAGAUGCUUUGAACCAUGAGUCAAGUCAACUGAGGAGCCCACCGUUGAAGGGCCCUGGGCACGCCUCGACAACUUCUCUUCCGGCGCAGCCACCGCCGCCAGAACCCGAACCUGAAUUACCGUUUGACUUUCACCGAUUUCUCGAGCAGCUACGGCACAAAUCGGCUGAUCCGGUCGCCAAAUUCCUUCGCUCGUUUCUAACAGAGUUUGGAAAGAAGCAAUGGAUGGUUCACGAACAGGUCAAGAUUAUAGGCGACUUUCUGGCAUUUAUCACAAAUAAGAUGGCUCUCUGUGAUGUUUGGCGAGAAGUGUCGGAUAAUGAAUUCGACAACGCCAAGGAGGGAAUGGAAAAGCUUGUAAUGAAUCGACUGUACUCCCAGACCUUUUCUCCAGCAAUUCCCCCACCACCUCAAGUUGGGCGGUCAAGAUCCAGAGGCAGGCGGAAAGAGUUGGAAAAGGCCUCGGUGCCAGGACGACGUGGCCAGCAUCAGGAAGACGUGGAGCGUGACGACAUUCUGGCGCAGAAGAUAAGGAUUUACAGCUGGGUCCGAGAAGAGCACCUCGACAUCGCUCCGGUGGGCCCCAACGGCGAGAGGUUCCUCAAGCUUGCACAACAGGAGCUUCUCAAGAUCAAGGGCUAUCGAGCGCCCAGGGACAAGGUCAUUUGCGUUCUCAACUGCUGCAAGGUCAUAUUCGGCCUGCUCAAGAAUUCAAAGAGCUCGGACACCUCAGCAGAUUCAUUCGUGCCCCUUUUGAUCUACGUGGUUCUGCAGGCCAACCCAGAGAAUAUGGUCUCCAACGUGCAGUAUAUUCUGCGCUUCCGAAAUCAGGAGAAGCUCGUCGGCGAGGCCGGGUACUAUCUCUCUUCACUGUCUGGCGCAAUCCAGUUCAUUGAAGGUCUGGAUCGCACAACUCUCACUGUCAGUGAUGAGGAAUUCGAGCGUAACGUCGAGAACGCGGUGGCAGAAAUCGCCGAGCAAAACCGUCAAAACGAGGCACUCAGCCCAAUCGCCGGGUUUGCAGAGAAAUCGUCACUCGCAGAGCCGGAACUCACACCCCGGAACUCUAUGGACGUGACGUCGACGUCGCGGAGCCCCAUCCGCAGGGAUUCGAACAGGCAAAACACCAGCUCCGGCGACGGCUCGGAUGACAGUGUUGCGGGCUUGUUGAGGACAAUCCAAAGGCCGCUUUCCACGAUCGGACGGAUAUUCUCCGAUCAGGAUACGUCGUCUCAGGAGCGCCGGCCGAGCCCGAACCCAGCCCCUCGGCCUCCUCCCCGAUUGAGUCCAAGUGUAUUCCAACCGCCACCUUCUCAACCUCAGGCCGGUGCCGUACCCUCUUACGAUGCGCAAGAAUCCGCGGCGCGUCAGGCGAGUGCUGAAGCGGCUGAAGCACGACGCAUCUCCAGAGUCGAACACAGGACUGUGGUCGACACUCUAUGUGGGAUGUUUCCGAACUUGGACAAGGAGGUCAUCGAUGACGUGGUGCGGCAGAAGGAAGGUCGAGUAGGGCUUGCGGUGGACGCUUGCCUGGCGUUGACCGCUGGGAGUUGA